UCUCAUUCCUCCAGAGAUCUGUUGCCGGACAAGGCGGUACUUUUUCGGCUCCCUUAACAUCAACAUCCUGGAAGACUUUACUCAUGUGAAGCAGUGAGAUAGAGCUGAAGGAGCUGCGACACAAACUGCAUUACGCGGGAGAGAGUAACUCAAGCUGGUGCCCGGCUUUCUACAGAGAAACCCACACAACAAAUUGACGCAUUUCUCUUUAAAAACCACUCAACUGAAGUUUGUGAUUUCAACUGAGCCAAAUAACAUUCAACAUGACAAACUUCUGAGCAAAACCCACCGGGAGAACCCGAGGACGUCCCUCCAUCGCCUUCAACUUUAACAAAAGACAAAAGAAUACGAAGAAUAUCUCCCACUCAUCGCAGCCAUGGACUCAGGAAAGCGACUGACGUUUCCGCUGCUGAUGGCUGUUGGAACAGCUGUGCUGGGAUCACUGCAAUUCGGCUACAACACCGGUGUCAUCAACGCCCCUCAGAAGAUCAUUGAGAAGUUUAUCAAUGAGACGUGGUUUGAACGCUACCAGGAGCCCAUCACCAAGGGCUCCCUCACGGCUAUCUGGUCCAUCUCCGUGUCCAUCUUCUCUGUUGGUGGCAUCUUUGGCUCAUUCUCUGUCGGACUCUUUGUCAACCGUUUUGGAAGGAGGAACUCUAUGCUCAUGGCCAAUAUUCUGGCCUUCAUCUCGGCCAUUCUGAUGGGCUUUUCAAAGAUGGCGAGCUCCUGGGAAAUGCUGAUCGCCGGUCGUUUUGUCGUGGGCCUCUACUCUGGCCUUUCGACAGGCUUCGUGCCCAUGUAUGUGGGGGAGGUUUCCCCAACAGCGCUAAGAGGAGCCCUGGGCACCUUACACCAGCUGGGAAUUGUCGUCGGCAUCCUCAUUGCACAGGUGUUUGGACUGGAGGCCAUAAUGGGCAACGACGACCUGUGGCCGCUGCUCCUGGGCUUCAUCGUCAUCCCCGCUGUGCUGCAGUGCAUCCUGCUGCCUCUCUGCCCCAAGAGCCCCCGUUUCCUGCUCAUCAACAAGAACGAAGAGAACAAGGCCAAAAAUGUGUUGAAGAAGCUCAGAGGCACCUCGGAUGUGAGCUCUGACAUGCAGGAGAUGAAGGAGGAGAGCCGGCAGAUGAUGAGGGAGAAGAAGGUGACCAUCCCAGAGCUUUUCCGCCAGCCCCUCUACCGCCAGCCCCUUCUGGUUGCUGUCAUCCUGCAGCUGUCCCAGCAGCUGUCUGGCAUCAACGCUAUAUUCUACUACUCCACUCGUAUCUUUGAGAAAGCUGGAGUUGAGCAGCCUGUCUACGCCACGAUUGGCGCUGGAGUCGUCAACACAGCGUUCACUGUGGUGUCGCUGUUUGUGGUAGAGCGAGCAGGACGUCGGUCUCUGCACCUGCUGGGGCUGCUGGGAAUGGCCGGAUCUGCCAUCUUAAUGACCAUUGCCUUGGCUCUGUUGGAACAGCUCAAAUGGAUGUCAUAUCUGAGCAUUGUGGCCAUUUUCUCCUUUGUCGCAUUCUUUGAGAUCGGACCGGGCCCAAUCCCCUGGUUCAUCGUGGCCGAGUUGUUCUCGCAGGGCCCCCGACCGUCUGCCAUGGCUGUAGCUGGUUUCUCAAACUGGACUGCUAACUUCAUAGUGGGAAUGACCUUCCAGUAUGUAGAGGAACUGUGCGGCCCAUACGUGUUUGUCAUCUUCACAGUGCUGCUUCUCAGCUUCUUCGUCUUCACCUACUUCAAAGUGCCGGAGACCAAGGGCCGGACGUUUGACGAGAUCUCAGCCGGCUUCCGUCAGACGGCCGCCUCAGGAGCAGAGAAGCACUCGCCGGAGGAGCUCAACAGCCUGGGAGCAGAUUCUCAGCUCUGAAGGACUGAUUUUAACUUCUAAAAAUAGAAAAAACUCUUUCUCAGACCAAGGAGGGACGAGAAGGCUCCAGUAACUAGAAGUAGACACAUCCGUUGAUAGAAUAAUUUUCACGCUGUCACCACAUUUCGUGCGUCAAACACAACCUAACACAGAACAGCCCUGUGUGAUUCUCCAACAUGACGUAUCCCGGCGCCCCUCACACAAGGAAACAAAAACUUGAUGGGCACUGUGUCGCCUGAUGUGGGGAGAGGAGUUGAGGAUAAAUAGGUUUUGAAUAUUUUAAAAGAAGGAAAAGGAGUGUCUGCAUCAAUCAACCAACCCUUUUUAUAAUAUUUUUUUCCACUGCUUAUGCUCUGUUCUUUGUAGCUUGUUACCAUGCAGUCAGUUGGUCUUAAUGCGGUUUUAAGAAUACUGUGGCUGUAGAGAUCAGGUCACUGUGCAGAAAUACUUGUUUUUAUCAAUCUCACUGUAAUGCUUUAUCACUGUAGACUCUAGCACUGUAGACGCUGCACUGCUCGACUGUGUCUCUCUCCACCAGAGGGGGCACUGCCCUUAGCUGCUGAGGAAUAACUUAUUUUUACCUCUUUAAGUUACUGAGUGAGUACACAAACGUGUGAAAGACAUGUGAAAUGUCAGUGUAUUGCUGUGAGAAGUUAGUGUUCUUUAUGAAAUGUAUUCGACUAAUGGUAAUGCUCCACAUAUUUUUACAAUGUUCUUAUUUAGACAACAUUUUACUCUUUUUAUUGUUAAACUAAAUAGUUUUCUCGAUGAAAAUGUCCCAUUUUAAAUACGGUCAUGAAGACGUAACUAAUAUAUAUAUAUUAUACCGUUCAUGUAUUUUUACACCAUUCCUUUUUAACAUUACAUUUGAUGAAAUUAAUAUUGACAUGGCUCUAUGCAAAAAGGAACAUUAUCUACACAGAUCAGUACCAGAGUGCUGAACUUGGUAGAGAAAAUAAAUUGUCUAUCCACUUUUUAUUGAGAUAGUUACACACUCACAAUCAGCAGCCACAAAACCAAAAAUCUGUCAUAAAAGAAGCAGAACCUGUGAGAUUAAGUGCCUUUUUCGAAAUAAUCCACUCCUUUGCCUUCAGCCUUAUCACUUUGGAGCAGUGUCAGGUUAGGUCGGCCCCAUCCAGACUGAAAGCUUCUGUCAAUGGACGAUCUUCACUUGAUGUAUUUUUCAGUUGAGAUAACCUGGAGCGCUUCCAAAGUCUGGUGAAUUGGCUUGAUAGCUACUUGAAUCUUUUCACACAAACAAAAAUGGGGACCAAAAUGAAUUUUAUCCAUUUGGAGGGUUAUCCGUUAUCCUGAGAGUGCUCGUCACUUCGUGGUUCAAACCCACCCGUGCGCUCCAUAAGGCCCAUUAUGUGUCAUAGGAGGCGGACACAUUGUUGUGUCGUUGCUAAGGCUUGUCACCGGUCUUUCACUGUAACUCUGCAGUGUCGUCAGCUCUCUCUUCGGGCUGUUUACUGCACUGCACAACAGUAGCUGAUGGAAAAUAAACUCUUGCUCAUCCUGACUAGCUGUUUACGUCCCUGUCUACGACUGCUGUAUCACUUGUCGAACCUCUUUUCUUUCCAUGCCUUGUUUGAGAAAAGUUACCUUUUUAGCAGCACUUUAUUAUUCACAGUGAUAUUUCUUUGUUGAAGCAAACACUUUUAGGUUGUUUCUCUUUUAUUUUCUUUUUUACUCCUGAUGUAUUACCUUGUUGUUUUUUAAAUGGAAAUGUGUGGAAAAAGUAUCAAAUUAUUAACAAUCUUGUAUUAAGCACAUCCAGGUGUUUAACCACACACACACACACACACACACAUACAGGUCAGCUGGGACUUAACAUUGUAAUAUUCAGUCUAGUGAGGACUGAUUCAAAUCCAACAAUACAUUUUAAUCAUUCCAUUAUUGGUUGUUAAUUAUUGUACAUAGUAUAUCUUUUGUCAUUCUAUGGGUCACCCCACACACCCUGGGAAAACACUAACAUGCACUCUCUGUGCCUUUUGUGUGGCUUUUACAUAUCAUCACCAGCAAAGAUCAUGUACUGGCAGUAGAGGAUGAAACUCCCCACAGACUGUUCUGCUACGAAUAUUAAAACUGUAUUUUAUAUAAAUAGAUUCACAAUUCUGCUAGGGCAUUUGAUUUUUAAUCUAGCCUUUGAAAUCUUCUGUUUGGUUGUCUAAGAACACGACAUGAUGUAAAUAUGAAACUAACUACAGCAUCACCCACUCCAAAUCUAUAAAAUAUUUAACUUUAAGAAAGUUUUUGAUAGAUGUAUUAAUUAUUAGUGUUAUAGGUCUGUACAAGCAGUUAGCUUCCAUACUUCUGUUUGAUUUUGUACCUGAAACCAUGUUAUGGUCUAAAAUAACCAUAAUCAUUUUAAUUUAGAUUUGACAUUAGUAUGGAUUGUGUCAAUGAGACACAUUCAGUAGUGUUUUCAUUUUAGUGCACUGAGCAUAUUCUAAUGUUUGUUAUAAUAAAAAAAGUAAUGUGUCAAUGGUUUUUAUGAACGUGAGCUUCUGUUGGGAUAAUGUAUUGGGUUUGAGGAUCUGCUGAAUGGUUUUACAGUCAUGUGAAAGUGGUUUGAUGUUAAAUAAAAGAAAUCUUGCAUACA